GUUGGACGACACUCACUUCACAAAACUUGUACACUAGUGAAGACAAAUGCAUUUUAAUAGACCAGUCCUUCACUUUAUCUCUAAAUGGCAUAGGAAAGGUGAUCAUUCAACAAUGUCCAAUUUAGAAUUACCAAUUAACCUAUUAACAAUACCCAAAAUGGUACUAAACUGUUGUGACAUUACAGCUGAGUAUUUUUGCCCAACCAACCACUACGAUUAACAAGCUACAUCCAGUAGAUGUAUUCAUACAGAUGUGAUUUUUUUUCACAAGUUUUGUCAAGUCUUUGUCAAAAGUAUUUGAAUUUGACAUAUUGCUCAGUGCUUUGAUAAUCACAUUUAAUGUGUUUUAUGGCCUUAUUUAAAUUUUAAAACUUAGAGUCAAGGAGGAAUGUCCAGUAUCAACCAGGAUCUAGUUAAAUUAAGUGCAGUAAAAUCGGUUUGUGAAGCUUGUUGAGUUCUGAAUGUUGAUUUUAUGUAAAUGAGAGAACUAAAUUUAAAAAAUCAGUAUAUCCAUCUUUUCGGAUUGAAUCUUAGGUGACAAUUAAUAUUUUUCACCUUGUCACGAAAUGCUGGACGCCAUUAACCUGACCAAUCAACUGUUAAAUGAUUUCCACUGAUAAUAUUAAACUAAGUGAUGCUUUCAGGGACAUCACGUUUAAUUUCUCUGAUACGUAAUUUUCCCACGUACGUUUCAUUGUCAUAUGGUGAAUCCGGACCUUACCUGAUGUGACUUGCACAGUACAGUGCAUUGAAUGGGCUCAGACUGGGCUCGUAGAGAGGAAAGGAGGGAGGGGGGGGCUUCUGGUUGGUGGGUGGGGGAGGGGUUUUAUUUUUUUUUUACAGACAACCAGGAAGAGACCUGCGACUUAACAUUUAGGCAAAGAGAAAGAAAGACCCCAGCAGCACCGAGGGCUGCCACUUUAACAGCCCGCCGUCACAACCACCUACUCAUUUGAAACGUACACAUUCGGUAUCAAAGCAUAGAGAAAUAUUUUUAUUUUUUCUACAAUACAAGACCGACCCCCACCCCUCAAGAAAGCGGGGUCAAAGUUCACAGGAAGCUGGGGGGCUGCCAUUUUUUCCCUGCUGCUACUGCUAACGUUUAACGGUAGAUGCUAAAAGGACGGGAGGGGCGGCUGGUUUUAGAUUUUCUAGCUAGCUGCUGUCCAUCGGUCGAAAUCGCAACGAAUAAUCUGUCAUUUCUCCGACCGUCGUCGCUAACAACCAUUGCUAUUGGAUGAAUUCGGCAUGGAGAAAGUAGCGGAGCCGUCUUGGACUUCUUCGUACACCUACCAGGUGAGCAAGCACAGUGCGGAGAUGCUACACAACCUCAACAUUCAGAGGAAAGAUGGAGGCAGGUUCUGCGAUGUGAUCCUGCGCGUCGGCGAGGAGAGCUUCCCUGCCCACAAAGCUGUGUUAGCCGCCUGCAGCGAGUAUUUCGAGUCGGUGUUCGGUCGCCAGACGGAGGGCGACGGGGACGCCAGGGAGCUGGAGAUGCACACGAUCAGUCCGAAAGUUUUUAAAGACAUCCUGGACUUCGCCUACACCUCCAGGAUUGUGGUGCGACUGGAGUGUUUCCCGGAGUUGAUGACAGCUGCCAAGUUUCUGCUGAUGCGGUCGGUCAUUGAGAUAUGUCAGGAGGUGAUCAAACAGUCCAACGUGCAGAUCCUCGUCCCGACCUCUCGGGGAGGAGACGCCAGCCUUUUCCAGGCCACGGGGGCCACGGAGCUGGGUUUUCCCGUGGCUCAGCAGGCUCUGGUGAACGGCACGGGAAUACUGGUGAAUGGCCAAAGCUUCGCUAACAAUACACAAAUGCACGUCGACGGGGGCGAAGACGGCGCCGCGGUGAUGUUGGAGGAGGGCGGCGAGUCGUCGGUGCCGGUGCUGGAGCCUGUGGAAGGACUGCCCGUUUCUCCAUCAGCGGAAAUAACGGGCAACGCGUUUCAUCACGACGCCGACUCUCCCGGCUCGAAGAAGGGCAGAGGGAGACCAAAGAAACCCGGCGGAGUGGAGCCCGUGCACUUCAACCACGGCGGCGUGCAGAAAGACAACGGGCUGUUUCCGUGCGGGGCCUGCGGCAAAGCUUUCACCGAGGCUUCCCGCUUGAAGAACCACGAAGCGCAGCACGGAGCCCACACCGGGGGCUCCGUCCACAGCGUCGCCGACAGCCUGUCAGCUCCGGGCGGCAUCUCGUUGCUCUCCCAGCCCGGCGUGCUGGAAAACGGCGUCCAGCUACACGGGGGGCUGACGCUGGACGGCGGCCGAAAGCGGGAGAGGACCAGGCGGCACGUCGGCUGUGACAUUUGCGGGAAAGUUUUCCGCGACGUGUACCACCUGAACCGACACAAGCUCUCCCAUUCCGGGGAGAAGCCGUACGCGUGCCAUGUGUGCGGGCUCCGGUUCAAACGAAAAGACAGGAUGUCAUACCAUGUGCGGUCACACGACGGCUCAGUCGGCAAACCCUAUGUGUGCCAAAGCUGUGGUAAAGGUUUUUCAAGACCAGACCACCUGAAUGGACAUAUCAAACAAGUACACACCACAGAGAGACCCCACAAGUGCCAGAUUUGUAAUGCCUCUUUUGCCACACGAGAUCGCCUCCGGUCACACCUUGCAUGCCAUGAGGACAAAAUCCCCUGCAAAGUUUGUGGCAAGUUCCUGCGAGCUGCCUACAUGACGGACCACCUCAAGAAACACAGCGAAGGAACUCAUAACUACUGCGGCAUUUGCAACAAAGGUUUCUCCACUGCGUCCUACCUUAAGGUGCAUAUAAAGACACACCAUGGCUCUCCACUGCCCCCCUCUACCACAAUGCACACCUUCCCUGAGCCAAGGGGGGAGCUGCAGAUGCACAACGGCACCCCUUACCACAUGGGACGCCAGUGCUCAGUGGAAGACCUGUGCGCCAGUCGCCAGCUGCUUCUCACCUCGUCUGAGGCAGAGGGUCGCUUUCAUGGGCUCUCUGGACACCCAGCUCUCCCCCAGCCUGGCCAUUCAUCCCUCUGCUUGCAGCCUGAGCUGCUCAUGGGGAAGCCAGGUGGGGCUCCAUAUUUCUGGGAGUGUCGCUCUGGCGGGGUGCCUGGCUUCCCCGUCCAUGGGCCUGUCGCAGAUGGACAGGAAAACGCCGGGAAAUGCCCUCACCUGGAGUCGGAAGAAUCGGAUCCCUCGUUUGGGGAACUGUCCAACGGCGACGAGCUCAAAUCUCCACACAAACCCGACGGGCCGGAGCUGGAGAUGCCCCCUUUAGCCUGUAACGGAGCCUCCGCGGGGACCUUGGCGUCCCCGGAGGGUUCUAAAGCCAAGACGGACCCUGAGAAGAAGUUUACCUGCGGGAUCUGCGGUCAGGCCUUCCGCACCAAGUCCUACCUCAACAAGCACCAGCACAGAGUUCACAAAGCCCAGAAGGCCCAGGGGGUUUCAGGGUCUGGCUUAAGCGAGAUGGCCCCCUCCCUGACCUCUCCCUUCUCCCCUCAACAAAACAUGUCUCUGCUCGAGUCCUUCGGCUUUCAGAUCGUCCAGUCGGCUUUCGCCUCUUCACUGGUGGACGCUGAGGCGGGUCAGAGCGGAAUCGACUUCGGAGGAAAGUGACAUUUUUGCUAGAGGCUUCGCGAGUCGUCGCGAAGCUUCUCGUUCUUAGGACAAAGCCGGGUCGACCACGCACGACGCCCUGUGUUUGGGAAUAACUUUGCCUCAAGACUACUUUUUUUUUUUUCUUUUUUCUGUUUGUCACGAUUCUUAAUGUGUGUCCGAAACUUUUUUUUUCUUCUUUUCGGGUCAAAGAUUGCCAUAUAAUUCCUGUUUUUCAAAGAAUGAAAUGAGUGUGUUCGGUAUUUAAAUUUUCUUGAUAGAGAAAUGACAUGAAGGUUUUUAUUUCCUUUAUCCUUCAAAGUGAUGUUUCUUCUCGCUGUUUAUUUGACUUGUUUGUCUUUGAGCUUUUUUUUUUUUUUUGGCUGCACAGACGUGAUGACUUUUCACUGCAUCCCUCAGUUCUUGUCUUUUCGCCCACUUCAGCUGCUCUGGUGUACGUGGUUAUUUGCCCCCUGGCCAUCACAAUGACUUUUAACGCUUUGUAUUUCUUGGUCUUCUAAAAGCUGUAAACAGAUGUCUUUACCUCAGAGCAACAAGAGGGCUAAAUUCUGUAUUUAUUACGUUCUCUGCUUCUUUCAAGGAGAGGGUUGUUUUCUAAAGACGGGGAUUUAAAUUGGCCUCAGUUUUGAUCUUUGAGUCUUUUUUAGAGGAAGAAAUCCUAACAGGCUCGAAGUACAUUUCACGACACGUUUAUUAUGAGCUGUUUUCUUUCAGCUUCGUUCAGAAAAUAUUAGAUUUCCAGCCGCUGAGUCUUACUGGUAGCUGUCAAGGACCUUAUUGAACUACUGUUGGCAGGAUUACAGGCAAGAAGCAUGUUUAAAAAAUGAUUUUUUAAUUUCCGUUAUUUGGAAAACGAACCGUUUAGUAGAAGAAAGCGGUGACCUACACAAGUCAGGAUCCCUUUAGAGGUAAAUCUGUAUUGAAAUGUACCUUGUGCUCGUCAGGAACGACCUUUGCCCCCACCCCACCUAGAAGUACAAUGUUUGUUUGGUGUUAAAUCCGUUGUGUACAAGAAACAAGGACCAAGGUCAGGUAUAUUUUCACUAUAUAUUUUGAGAAAUGUAGAUUAUAUUUUAUUAACUUAUUCAUGCCCUUGGUUUGGUGUACAGUUUUUCUUAAGUGUCAAACAAAAAUCUUGUGAUUUGCUCACUUUUUUUCUUUUUUCUUUUCUUUUUUUAUCUCUAAAUUAUGUUAAAUGGAAGUGAGUGUUUGCUACGUGUGUUUCGUGCAGAGGUUUAGAAAAAGGAUUCACACUCGGAUCCGGAUCGGCCGACGAGGUGUAGUACAGAUUGUACAGAGUCAAGAAAGUGAGCUUUCUGAUUUUCCGCAUCGCUUCUUCACCUUCAUCGCCUGCGCUCCUUGUAUUGCCCCUCCUGUUACAGUUGUUUUUGUUACAGCAGGCCUGCUUGUCUCUAGAAGUGAGAAUGUAUUUAAUCCAAGACAUUCCUGUAAUGAAAAGAAACUUAACGGAGCAGUUUCCUUAAAUUAAUGCACAAUGGGUGUAUCACAUUCAUUUUUUUAAUUGGUUUCUCUGGGCGUCAGUCGAUUAGAAGGAAAUUGUGCGGUCGAUUAAGUCAGUAAAGUUUAGUUCAGUUUGAGGCUGCGACUAAACAUUAUUUUUGUUUCUGACUAAUCUGCCUUUUCUUCAUCCAUGAAAAACAUUGUGUCCCAUGAUGACGUGUUUAGUUUGCUUUAUUUGUGUUACCAGCCGUCCUUAUAUCCGAAGAUCGGCCAAUCUAAGUUUACUGCCGCGUGUUAGAUGGUUUGGGUUUUUAGGUUAAAGCUCGACAUAAACGACGGAUUGAUUAUCGAAAAUCAUUUCAGAUUCUACAGAUUGUUGCAGCCCUUAAUGUGACAAUGUGACUUUGCGCAAUCGCCACAUACUCUGCUUCCCCUCGUGUACGUGCGUGCGUGCUUGUGUGUGUGUGUGUGCGUGUGUGUGUGUGUGUGUGUGUGUGUGUGUGCGUGUGUGUCUGCGUGUGUGUACACAGAAACAAAGUACAAUCACGGCCGUUCGGCACAGUUCACGACAGUUUAAAUUGCAAAGUUUUCAGUGCUUAUUCGGUGUCACAUGGACCUGUCAUACAGCUCACUCAUCCACAUAUUUCUCAUAGGUUGGUGUUUUUCUGUUUGUAUUGUAGAACAUGUAUCAUUAUGCAGACUCAGUCCGACAUCACAGUGGCUGACAGUGUGUGUGUAUGUCUGGUGUGUAUUUGUCAGUUUCUUUGUUUCCUGCUUUGUCUUUAAUUAUUAUUAUUAUUAUUAUUGUGAGUAAUUUAGUCUGUUAAAUUCAGUACAUUCCUAUAUUAUUUAUGGUUAUAUUGUGAUUGUAACAAGUGUAUAUACCUUCCAUAUACACACUCUAUAAAUAUAUAUAAAUAUAUAUGAACCAACCGAUAUGAUCAGUGUUUGUCAGUGGUGGUCUUGUACAUAUAAAUUUUUUUUUUCUUUCCUCGUCUGUUAUGUGGAGGGAUGUUAAGUUAUGGCCAUUUGAAGUGUAAACUGCAUGUUCUGGCAUGCGAGCCGGUCGGGGGACUGAAUGUCGAUCACUGGUUGGUGGCAGUUAAACGCUUUCACUGCUCACUUGUACUGUCACUCUGCUCUGGUAGCGCUCACACUGCCAGCUGCGCGACUCGAGUCUUUGACCAAGAUUUUUAACCCUUUUUUGAUCCACUCUGCACUAGUAUUUACUCCUUAAAAGGUGAUAAGGGUUGUGUUGAUAUUAUCGUUAUUAUUUGAACACAAGCUGAAUUUGCUGUAAGAAGAGGAUGAACCUUUUGUGUGUUUUAUUUUUUAUUUCUCACUGGGAUUUAAAGAUCUGUUUCACUCAUGUUGGUACUUAAAUGUAAAGAAAAAGAAAAAAAAAAAGGAUUUCAUAGGUUGUUUAGGCCUUUUGCUUUCCCCUUUUGGUCUGUUGCAAAGUGCCUUCCAAAUACUGAUUGUGCACAGCAGUGGAUUAAAAAAAGGUCCUCUUUUCUAAAGGUUAAGAAUUGUACAGAGUGACUUGCAUUGACACUUUUGUAUAAAAACACAAAAUGUACAAUAUUCUCUUGGUAUUUUAUCAUCGUACUCGACAAGAUUGCUCUUAAAACAUGUGAGCUACAUGUUUUUGUUAUAACGUCUUUGGACAUAUUUCAAUAUAAGCUUACUUUUCUAUAGAUAUUUGUUUUUGUACUCUGUUAUUGAGUCUCGCCUCUCUUCUUGGUACAGAGACGGGCAUCAAAUAAAUUGGAGCAGAAAAUCUCCGAA